AUGUCAUCUCAGUCAUUGGGAAAAUUAGAGGAAUAUGAACCUGGUGAAGACUUCGAAUCGUAUGAAGAUCGAUUACGAAUAUAUUUUCAACUAAAUGAAAUAAAAGAGGAAAGAAAGGCACUUAUUCUCUUAAGUCUAAUAGGAAAAAAUACGUAUGCAAUUCUAAAAAAUUUAGUCCAACCAAAAAAGCCAAAUGAUAUUUCAUUUGAUAAAUUGGUAAGUGCAUUGCGAGACCACUUCGCACCAAGAGUCAACAUACGAGCUGAGCGUUAUAAGUUUAACAAAGCAUUUCAACGUGAAGGAGAGAGCAUCACAGAAUUUAUCAUUCGUCUUAAAUCUCUGGCUUCGACAUGUGGUUUUGGCAAUUUUUUGGAGGAUUUGCCUUUAGUAGUAAAAACAUCGACAAAGUGCUGUAAAGAUUUCCAAGAGCCCGAAAUCAUGUCUCCGGUUCAACUUAAGUCAAGAGCUUUGGACGAUGCUCUUACCGAUCGUUUUAUUGCUGGAAUCAUGUCUGAAGAUAUUCAGCGGCAAUUAUUAAAUAAUUCAAAGUUAAAUUUCGAAGAGUGUUGUGAACUUGGGCUCAAUAUGGAAAUGUCAAGAAAAGAAGCACAUGCUAUUCGUCCAAAUCAGUCGGCAGAAGGUUGUCACAGAGUCUUUCAGCAGUCAUCAUCGUCAGGUUCCACCAAAAAAGACUCAAACAAAAAGGAAAAGCGCAUGGAUCAUCAGGCAAAGUAUACCCACAAAAAAGUAAAUUGUCAUCGCUGUGGACGGCAGCAUAAUCCAAGUACUUGCCCUGCAAUCAAUUGGAAAUGUUUUACAUGUAAUCGAUUGGGGCACACGUCAAUUGUAUGCAGGAAUAAAACAACAAAAGCGCAGUCCAAAAUAAAUGUGGUUGAUCAGAUCAUUGAUGUGGACCAGAUCAAUUCAGUAAAGUCAGCUGAGCACGCUUUAUUUUCGAUAAAGGUAGAGAACCAGCUGCUGUGUAUGGAGGUGGAUACUGGAGCUUGUUCUUCAUUAAUCGGAUUAGGAGAGUAUAAUAAUUUGUUCUCAAAAAUUAAAUUAGAACCAUGUAUUGUAGAUUUAUGUUCUGUUACAGGUCAGAAAUUAACAUGCAAAGGGAAAAUCAAAGUCCAAGUGGAGUGUCACGAUAAAAUGUAUGAAUUGGAGUUAAUUGUCAUUGAAGCUAAUCGAGAAUUUAAACCGCUGUUAGGCAGAAGUUGGUUGGAUGUUUUGGUGCCCGACUGGAGAACAAAAUUAUUUGGAAAUCUGGAUAUCAGUGAGUUAAAAGUUGUUAAAAAAGUGUCAAAUGAUAAAUAUCUAGAUGUCAUUAGAAAAGAUUUUAAGAACAUAAUUGAUCCUCAGCCGAAACAGUCAAUUAAGGGGUUCGAAAUGGACAUUAUUCUUAAAGAAAAUGUGGUCCCAGUAUUUCACAAGCCGUACGAGGUGCCUUUUCGUAUUAAAGACAAAGUCAGAGAAGAGUUAAAUCGAUUAAUCAGUAUAGGAGCCCUGGAGCCAGUAAAGUAUAGUUUAUGGGCUAGUCCAAUCGUUUGUGUUCCAAAAUCGUCUGGAGAGGUUAGAAUAUGUGUUGAUUUUAGGUUAACUUUGAACAAAAAUAUAGUCACGCAACAUUAUCCUCUUCCAAAAAUUGAAGAUAUCUUUGCAUCUCUGUCUGAAUGCAGAGUUUUUUGCAUAAUAGAUCUUUCUGGAGCGUACCAACAAUUAGUUGUAUCAAAGGCUUGUGUAGAAUUGCUUACAAUAAAUACUUUUAUGGGUCUUUUAAGAUUUGUGCGUUGUCCAGCAGGGCUAAAGAAUGCUCCAUCAGCUUUCCAAUCCGUCAUGGAUCGAAUUUUGAAAGGUUUACCGAAUGUUUUUUGUUUUAUAGAUGACAUUUUAGUAGGAGGUGUAGAUCAGGAGGAUUGCCACGCAAAUUUGUUAAGAGUAUUAAAUAAACUCAGUGAACAUAAUGUUCAAAUUAAUCCAAAAAAGUGUAAAUUUUUUGUCGAAACAGUGGAUUAUUUAGGUCACAGUCUCUCUAAUGGCUCGAUUUCUCCAAAUAACGAAAAAAUAAAAGCAGUUGUUGAUGCUCCAGCACCGAAAAACGUGCAACAGCUGCAGUCAUAUCUUGGUAUGUUAAAUUAUUAUAGCAAGUUUAUACCAAACUUAUCAAGUCAAUUGAAAGAAUUAUAUGGUUUGCUUAAGAAAGGAAGCGAGUUUAUAUGGUCCCCAGAAUGUCAGAACGCAUUUCAAAAGUCAAAAUACCUUUUGUCAAGUAACAAAAAUUUAGAAUUGUAUGAUCCGAAAAAACCUAUUGUGGUAGCGACAGAUGCUAGCCCCUAUGGAGUGGGUGCAGUGAUGUCACAUAUAUGUGAUGGAGUAGAAAAACCGGUGAUGUUUAUUUCAAGUACUUUAUCUUCUGCGGAAAAAAACUACUCCCAACUCCAUAAGGAGGCGUUGGCAAUAGUGUUUGCUGUCAAAAAAUUUCAUAAAUAUCUUUACGGUAAAGAAUUUUUAAUUGUGUCGGAUCAUCAAGCUCUAAGAGAAAUUUUUAAUCCAAAGAAGGGUAUGUCAGGUGUUGCUGCUGCAAGGCUACAAAGGUGGGCAAUUAUACUUUCAAUGUAUGAUUACAGAGUAGAAUACAGGAAAGGUUCCUUGAUGGCAAAUGCCGAUGCAUGUUCAAGGCUACCAUUAGAAGGUACAACUGGUAUAGAGGAAGUAAAAAUGGUAAAUAUGAUAAAAAAUUGCUCAGAAGAAUUGAAUAUUAAUAGCCAGGAAGUAGCAAAGAAAACGCAAGCAGAUCCAAUUCUUAAAAAAGUCUUUGAAUAUGUAUUUCAUCAUGAUUGGCCAAAAAGUAUAAGCGAUGAUAUUGCACCAUAUUUUCGAAAGCGAAAUAGUUUAUCGACAGAAAAUCAAAGUAUAUUUUAUGGCAACCGAGUAGUAAUACCUUUACAACUUCAAAAAUCUGUUCUUAACAUGAUACAUGGAAUGAAUCAUGCUGGUGUUGUUAAAAUGAAGUGUUUAGCUCGGGGAUAUGUGUGGUGGCAUAUGAUCGAUGAAGAUAUUGCUAAGGUAGUACAGCAAUGCCCACAAUGUCAGUCAACUGCAAAUGUUCCAAGGGGAAGUUUUAGUCCAUGGCCAAAAUGUAGUUCUGAUGAAAAAUACGAAUGCAUCAAAUUUAAUAAGUAG